AUGUCGGGUAUUCCGCUCGGUGUCGGAGGUCCUCCACCUCCCGGAAUGGAUACGAAAAGAAGGCGACUUGUUUGUAUAAAAGUACGAAUGUUGGAUGAUAGUGUUGCUGUAUUUCACCUUGGCCAUAAAGCGAUCGGUCAGACGUUGCUUGACGAGGUGGCUAGACAUCUGAACCUGCUCGAGAGUGACUAUUUUGGCUUGGAGAGCAUCGAUAAUUCUGGAUGUCAUUGUUGGCUCGAUGCUGACAAACCGAUACUGCGUCAGAUCAGUUCUCAUUGUAACGACGCACGGUUUUACUUCAUUGUUAAGUUCUAUACACCAAACCCAAUCGACUUGGAAGAAGAAUAUACUCGAUACCUGUUGAGUCUUCAAAUUCGUCGCGACUUAUCAGUAGGUGAAUUGCACUGUGCCGAGACGACAGCUGCACUUCUGGCAGCAUAUCUCGUGCAGUCCGAAUGUGGAGACUUUUCGGCUGAAGACUAUCCUGAUGCGACCUAUCUCUCGCAUUCGCGGUUCAUACCACAUCAAACUAUUGAAUUCCAGCAAAAAGUGAUGGAGAACCACAAGAAUUUGAUUGGCAUGAGCCCUGGUGAAAGCGAUUUUGCGAUGCUUGAGGUGGCCCGACGAUGUGACUUCUAUGGCAUCAAACUGCAUUCAGCCAAGGAUAUCGAAGGCACUGAGGCGCGGCUUGCUGUUCUUCAUCUCGGAAUCAAAGUCUACCACCAGCUGCAAUGUGUUUCGACAUUCUCAUGGGCAAAAAUUCGCAAGCUUAGCUUCAAACGGAAAAAACUAUUGGUUAAACUUCACCCGGAUAGCUAUCAGUACUACAAAGAGACGAUACAGUUCGUUUUCGACUCACGAAACGAGUGCAAGUCGUUUUGGAAGAAAUGCGUGGAGCAUCAUGCCUUUUUUCGAUGUUCAGCUGCUGACUGUACACGUAAAGACAGUCGAUUAUUUAGCAAAGGAUCCUCAUUUCGUAAUUGCAGGCCUCUACGACCGGCAAUCUCUUCGUGCUGUGCUCCACCGUUCGCUAACUACUCGGUAACGCCUGAUCGGAAAAAGAAUGGCAAUCCUCACUUCUCUCUCCCGCAGCUAUCAAAUCAUACACCGUCACCGAACGCGAUCGACAACGCAGGUACUUUAGAUGCACGAGGACAUCGUCACGAAACAGAACACUCUGAACGGCAGAAACAUCGCGCGCAACAAAUUCUAUCUAAAGAAUCGUAUGGUAAAGAGAAUGUGUCGCUUUCACUGCCCAAUGUCCUCAGCGAUGAUUUGCAAAUUGUUUGUAAAGAGCUAGAGAUUGAAAAUUCUGAGCCACUUAAAUCACUUUCCGGUGAUAACUUUAACAAUAUUCGCCCUGACUACGAUAACAUAAGCGAGGACUCUUAUCGACUAUCUGACCAUGAACGUUCCACAAAGUCCGAUGUUGGCGUGCCUUCGCAUCAAAUCUGUAACACUAACUUUACCACUACACGAGUUGGCAAUGUGUUAGUAAAACGAGUAAUUACACAAUCGAAAUCAACCCCGCAUUGGGCGAGAGACGAUGGAGCAUCUACCAACAUAGCCAGCUCUUCAUGCACAACUAGUCACCAUCUCAAAGAGUACCCGUUUAAUUCGACUAAUUUCGUUCCAAUUGAAAUUGAUGGUCCAAAUGUGGAUAUAUCUGUAAGAAGAAGUACUGGUCCAAUAUAUACCUCAAAAGGGGCUUUACUGUUGAAACCAAAAGUAAUUUCGACACACGAGGGCGAGUAUUCUACUGUGAAAGUGAUUUCUGAUCCAAACUCUUCCUGCUCGACAAAAGUGCCACGAGCGCAAAUCUGCACUACGUCCGAAGUGCCACUCUUCGAUGGAAAAGGUCCAUUGCCUGGAAAAAUAAUCACCAAAGAAAAUAUGGUCAUCACACCAAACGGCGUGAAGGAGCGAGGUCCAAAGCCAAUUGUCUUGCCGAAACCAGCAAAUUUGGGUACGACACAGCAUUUGGCCGCUCAUACCGCAUCACUGGAGGAACAUCCUGUCGUACACAUGAUGGACCAACCACAAUUGGCGAGGACACAGCAGGACAAGUCUGAGGAGAAGUCGGAGCCCAAACUUCCUCUAACUCGUCCAAAAUUGAUCUCAGUGAAAAGCGAGGAUAGCCCAAACGUAGAAAAGUGUCAUCUAUUCAACAGUGAAAUUCCCUACACUUUAACACUCCGGAAAGUAGACAGCGCAGAGUCAUUGUCAUUCCCAAUGUUCAAAGAUCGACAAAAGGAAUUUGAUACAAGUUCUCUAAGGAAAUUGUCAAGAAGCCCAGAUCAAUUUAUGAGACGAAAAUCACUUGAUCUGGUACCUCGAAAGCGGCUUCCAUCGCCGAGGAACUUCUCCUCACAGGACCACUCUAUUUCCCCUACUACUCCUGAGGGAAACGUACUGGACUACGUGUUGAGGCAUCGCUCGCAAAGCCAUGAGCGACCAGGGAAACGUGGAAAACGUGGUGAUGUCAGAAGACAAACACAACCGGUCCGCUUUGAUCUUCCUCCAAGUCCUUGUUCUCCCACAAUCAGUGGAAGUACCCCUUUUAUUGGUUAUCUAAACGAUGACGUCAUCGAUGACACUGUGUCAGACUCGCGAAGUUUGCACGACGAUAUGGAUAUGCUCGACCGAGGUACUGCUGUCGUCGCUAACACUCUGGAACAAAAGGACGAUUCGGAAAGCACUGACUGUCUUCCUUUACCACCAGAUUCUAAUCCCAAGCCUCCACCACCACCACCGCCUCCCAAAUCAAAAGUAGUGUCAGAACAAGUUGCCGAGAUGAAGACGUCGAUUAUCAGGACGUCGGCUGUGAAGCCGUCAUUGAUGACCGCGUCGACGAGUUUUCCUAAGCAAGCAGAGUACACGCCUUUCAUUGACGAAUCGCCGAAAAGCUCGGAUGAAACAUUACCGCUUUCACGUCGAACAGAAUCGGGAUUGCUUUGGACAGACUUCUAA